AUGGCCCCAAUCGUCUCGUAUGAUACUAUCUUCCAACCAGAAAUCGUGCAUGCAGAGUGGACAGCCGACAGACAUGACUCUUCGCUGCCUUUACUCGUACGCAGAGACACAGUUGACACACUUUCAUCAACACAUUCACCUAGCAUAACACCAACACUCGCAUCCAUCCUCGCCAGCGCAUCAGCAACUGCCGAUGCUCAAACUGACCCUGUUGAUAUUACCAUAAGCACAUUCAAGCCAUGGAUACUACCAAUAGUCUUGAUUGUUGUUGGUUUUAUAAUCCUAGUCUUCUUGUGUUGCUGUGUGCGAUGGAGCAAAUUGGCCGAGAUUGGAUUGAAGAAACCACCAUCCAGCACUCGUGGAAUUUCGGUCAGAGACGAAAAGAAACUAGUAUAUCGACAAUCCCUACGAACAAAAUACACGCAAACAAAAUUAUCAGAGACACCAUCAUACUGUGUCAAAGUCGAAUCACCCUGCGAUCGUAGCAAAAAACCCAGAUCCGCACUGAAAGUAAAAACCGAUAUCUCACCACCCAAAGAUGACUUUGAUGCAUCGUUCGAAGAGUAUCUCGUGAGCAAAGUCGGUCACAUCACGACACCGAGUACAACUACCACAUCUGUGUUCACAGAGCUGGUCGAGACGGCUACAGAUAGAACGACCAUGUCGUCUACAUUGCUGACACCAACACAGAGUUAUUAUGGUAUAACCAAGCCUUCACCGACUACGCCUCCCUCUGUUAUCAAAAGGGCUGGUUCGCCUAUACCAUCGAUGCAGAUGGAACGAUUGUCGGGAAGAUCGUUCGAAUCGUUCAGUACGUUGAUCUCUUCUUCAAAGAUGCCGCCUGUCAUCGAGGAAAAGAACGAAGAGAUUCGUUAUAGUGUCGACAAUGAAACUAUUGGCGGUAAUGACAAUCCUAAAAGUGAGGUCGAUACCGACAAAGAUAACAUUGGUGAUAAAAAUGAAUCUAUAUAA